CUUAGAUGCUAGAGAAGAGAAGUCAAAUGCGUCUGGAUGCUGAGGGUGGUGGUUGUGUUGAUGGUGGCGUGCGGCGCGGCGCGCGCGGGCUACACCUUCUUCCGCGACAUGCGGGCGCGCGCCGGCCUCGCCCCGGCCUCCGGCGGACCCACGCGCAGGAUCUUCGGCGGCACGGAGGUGCGCGGGUGGUCGUGGGCGCGCGCGUGCGCGCUGCUGGACGGCGCGCAGUUCGCGCGCUGCUCGUGCGCCGUGCUGGCGCCGCGCUGGGCGCUCACGGCCGCGCACUGCACCACGCCCGACGUCGCGCACGUGCAGUACAACGGCCGCCGGCCGCCCGACUCUGAUCUCGCCACCGUCGAAAUGAUGUUCCAGCACCCAGAGUACCGCGUGGUGCUGAAGCAGCUGGAGGACGGGUCGGACGUGGUAGUGCUGCACCACGACGUGGGCCUCGUGCGCGUCGACGACGACAUGCUCCUGCUCGCCUCCGUCGAGCGCUGGCUGCGCGCCGCGCCCGCGCCCGCGCCCGCGCCCACGCCCACGCCCACGGCCGAGGCCCCACCCGAGCCCGCGCCUGCGCUCGAGCCCGAGCCCCCGCCCGAGCCUAUGCCCGAGACCGCUUUCACGUUCGACCCCGCUUUUACGCAGCCCGCAUGGCCGCCCGGGCCCGCUUUCACGCCCGGGCCCGCCGCUUUCACGCCCGGGCCCGCUUUCCCGCCCGAGUCGGGGCCUGAGCCCGCGCCCUCGCCCUUCGCGUCCGAACCCCUCGACCGCUACACCGUCGGUAAUCUCAUUGGAAGGAAAGUUGAAGUGCUCGGGUUCGGCACGACGGAGGAGCAGCCGCCGAGCCGGCGCCUGCACAGCGUGCGGCUGGUGCUGCAGCCCUGCGGCCGCGACGGCUGGCUCCACGUCGCCUGCGCCAUCGGCCCCGAGCGCGGCGUCUGCGCCGGCGACUCGGGCGGGCCCGUGCUCUACAACGGCACGCAGAUCGGCGUGACGUCGCUGGGGCCCACGUCGUGCAGCGGCCCCCCGGCCAACCACCCGCUGUCGCGCUCCGUGUUCACGGUGCUGCAGCCGUACGCCGACAUCAUCAACGCCACCAUGGCCGAGGACCCGGACCUGCCGGUGCGCAUGCGCGCGGUGCGCCCCACCAGCGCCGCGCAAGCCCGAGCCCACCCCCGCGCCCGCGCCGCACUCGGCGCUGCGCUACUGUGUGCCAUAGCGGUGGUGUAG